ACAAGCGUGCGCCUCGUGGGGGGUAACCUCAUGUGCGGCAGCGACCUUCCGGGAACCCCACCAUCAGGCGCACUGCUGACGCUCUUUGGUAUCGACAUGGUAUGCGGCUGGCGGUACCUGGACUUCUUUACCCCAUCUAGGACCGGUCUUAUCUUUGCCCUCUCGGGCUUUGACGCCGUCCAUCGACUUCAGCCAAAGUUUGACUUCGCCGCUUUUUGUGCAAGUGAUGUUUACGCCGAGCCCAACUGCGAGGCCAUCUACGACGCGUCCUACACCUAUGUAACAGCCUUCUUUCCAGAUGCAGCAACUCUCCAAGCAUUGGCAGUUGCAGCCGAGACCGACACCCGAUCUCUCUCGAUUGAAAUGACCCAGUACGUCAAUCGUAGCGGCGUCAUCGAGCUAUACCGAAUCAAUAUUCUGGAUCCGACCGACCGCUCCUGGACGUUCUUUGGCUGGAACUAUCUGGCCGAGUGGGUUGUCGGUCAGCGCGAAGUUGUCUCGUUUCAAGGCGACGGCGGCACGGUCACGGGCAUGUCCCGCUUUACGCUCCUCUCCACGCUCUUGCCAACCGAAGCGGCGAUCCCGACACGCCUCUCGUACGUCUGUCAGCAGUGUGUCCGGUACGUCACGGGCGCCAUCAUGGUGGGUGCGGGAGUUGCUGCCUACUACGCUAUCUUUGUUUGCCGCGGCUACAUUGAAGGCAUGAACCUUUUCUCGGUAAACCGACUCAUUGGCCACGCGUGGAUUGGUCGGACGCUGCUCAUCAUUCGCGGUAUCACGGCGCUUUGGCUGCUCAACACACCGCCCUUGCAGCUCCAGGCGUUCGGCGUCGGUGCUCGCUUUCAGGCAUCGCCGCUAGAGUGGUUCCCGACGUUCCUUGCUACAUCCGAGCUCACAUGGCUGGUCUACAUCGCCAACGACCUCUUCAGCUGUGUUACGCGGCAGUAUACGCUCCUCUACGCCUGGAAGAGCUCGGUCGCAGCUUGCAUAGUCGCAGUGGCGUGGAGGUUUGCCGCGCCUCAAUACUACACUGCCUACGUGCGCCGAAGCUGCCGGUACAUUGACAUGGACGUAGCUCUGAGCUGCACGAGCGGCUACGUCGAGCUUGGUCAUUGGAGCCGCGUUGGCGUUGACGUCGGUCUCUGUCUCGGGAGUGUCAUUCUGGCGGCUCUUAUCGAGCGACUACGGUAUCCGCAUCUCUUGGCGCCACCCAAACCGUCGCUCUUGCUCAAUGCGACGAGUGUCUACUCGUUGGAAAUGGCCAACUGGACAGUAGACGGUCACGUCUACUUGGACCGCAUGUCGGCCGCGAUGACGGGCUUGUUCACGUGGCGAGUGCGCGGCGUUAUACAUGUGUUUGACAUCAAGAGCUGGCGGCAUUUCACGGCCACGCCCGACUCCAAGAGUUUCUUGGACCCGGCCUCUGUCCUACCCCUCCACCGCAUUUGUUGACGCCAGGUUUGAGCAUGGUUAUCAUGAUGAAUCGAGGCAUGUAUUUUCUAAAGCAUCUAGUUUCUACCGAA